AUGUAAACUGAGUAAUUAUUUUUUGAUUCUUCAAAUUAGAAUGAUAAGAAUUAAUGGGUGAAUUUGGACUCUAUUAAACGUUCGAUUUCCACAAUCAGAUUAUUCGAGGGAACUUUAUUUAUUAAGUGCAAAAAGCAAGAAGUUUUCAAACCUAAAUUUUUUAAGCUGUUUUCUGAUAGAUUGAACAUCUACAAAGUAUGAAUGUGAUUCAAAUUUAUUCUUAGAAUGGGAGGGAACAAAAAGAAACUGCGGCCCUAUUUUUGACGAAUGUUUAUUUGGACUUAAAAUAAAUGGUUGAAUCUGAAAAAGAUAAAUAUCCCAUAAUCUUAAUAAACGGAAAUCGCAAGUUGAUUUUUAUUGCUCGCUCCUCAGAAAGUCAAACCAAAUGGAUUGAGUAAUUCAAGAAAACCUGUAUCAUGAACAAUUACAAAGACAUCUACACGAAUAUCAAAGUAUUAGGAAAGGGUACGUUUGCAAAGGUAAUAUAAUUCACAAAUAAGGUAUUUUUAGCCCAUAAAAUGAUAGAUAAAUCCAAGUUUGCAGUGAAGACCUUUCAAAAAUCAGCAUUGAUGGACAAAACGAACACUCAAAGGGUAUUCUAAAUAACAAUAAUCAUUUAGUAAGGCCUAUUAAAUGAGAUCAACCUAUUGAGGUCAUGUGAUCAUCCAAAUAUUAUAAAACUCUAUGAGAUUUAUGAAAGUGGAGAUUACAUCUAUUUAGUUAUGGAAUUGUUGGAGGGAGGAGAAUUGUUCGAUCUCAUACUUGAGACUCCUUUUUUUGUGGAAUCCAAAAUAGCACUAAUCAUGUUCAAAAUAUUUGAUGCCUUGGAGUAUCUUCAUACUAAAGUAUUAAAACUUCUAUCCAAUCAAGAAUAUUAUGCAUCGAGAUAUCAAAUUGGAGAAUAUAAUACUCAAAGACAAAUCUGAGAAUUUCGAUUUAAAAAUAGCUGACUUUGGUUUGGCAUCCUAUACUGAAAGCGAAUUACUAAUCAAAAGAUGUGGUACUCCUGGGUAUGUUGCUCCUGAAAUUCUAUAAGAUUAGAAGUAUAAUGAAAAAGUAGAUGUUUUCAGUGCUGGGAUCAUACUGUAUAUAUUGUAAAAUGUUUAAAAAUGAUAGACUAACUGGAUAAGCCCCAUUUUAUGGUAAUAGUUUGGAUGAUGUGAUAGAAAAGAAUAGAGAAUGUCAAAUCAAUUUGCAAGGCUUAAAAGUAUCCCAAGAUGCUUUGGAUUUAUUAUAAAAAACCUUGGAGCCCAAUCCAAAGAAUAGGAUUUCAUCUCUGGAAGCCCUAUCUCAUCCUUUCAUCUCAAGAUUAUACAAAAGAUAAGUUAAUAGUAUGGAUGAUUUUCCAUUGGAUGAAUUACCAAACGACAAUUAUAGUGCUUUUGAAAAUAUGAAGAAAUUCUGUCAGAAUGAUAUGCGAUUCAAAAUGUCAAGACUAAAGAAAAAUGAAUUGGUUUAACAAACUCCUUUUAUGGGUGUCAGAGAAUACGAUUUAGUAAAAGCCACUUCUGAUAGUUGGUUGAAUGAGAAAUCAGGAGAGAUGGACUCAAAAUAAAUAUUGAAUUUUCCCUGCAAUCAACAAUAAUCAUCAGAUUCAGAUACUUCAAUCUUAAAUACUCCAGAAGUAAAGAAAGAUACUCAAAAAUUCGUGUAACUGAAUGCUCUGCAACAAAUUGGAUAUUAUAAAUUAUCACCAAAUUAAUCUCUAUGUUCACCUCCUCACAAUUAAUAAAAACAAUAAAUUUAAAUGAAUUUCAAAAAGGCCAGCUAAGUUAGAGAUUAAUUAAAAAAAUUAGAAUGA